CUCCUCCCUCCACCACCCCUCCGGCCGCCCGCCCGGCUCUUCGCCCCGCCCAGGGCUUGCAGGGAAAGGAAACCGAAAGUGCGCGGCUUCGGGCGAGGUCGCCGACCUGCCCCGGCCAGAGUCCCAGCACCAGCCGGCGGCGGACAGAGGACGCGCCGGAGCCGGUUUUCCAGAUAACUGAAAGUAACGUGAACACAGAGAAAUUCAGGUGACUCAGACAUGGAGGAAAGAAGACCUCAUCUGGAGGCCAGACCCAGGAAUUCCCAUACCAAUCACAGAGGGCCUGUGGAUGGAGAAUUACCACCAAGAGCUAGAAAUCAGGCCAAUAACCCACCAGCCAAUGCUCUCAGAGGAGGAGCCAACCGUCCCGGAAGACAUCCUAGGACCAACAACCAUCCUGUUCCUUACCGGCAAAGAGAAGAAAGAUUUAGGGCCAUGGGCAGGAACCCACAUCAGGGAAGGAGGAACCAGGAGGGACAUCCCAAUGACGAAGCUAGGGGCCAAAGACAUGAUCAGGAGAAUGAUACCAGGCGGAGAAAUGGCAACCAAGAGGACAGGAACCACAGACCACCAUGGUCCAAUGAAAACUUUCAGCAAUGGCGGACCCCUCUCCAGAAGCCUGCAGAACAGUCACAGCAGGUGAAGAAACUGGGCUACAAGUUUCUAGAAAGUCUUCUGCAGAAAGACCCCUCUGAGGUGGUCAUCACACUUGCCACAAGUUUAGGGCUGAAAGAGCUCCUGUCUCAUUCUUCCAUGAAACCCAACUUCCUUGAACUCAUCUGCCAGGUUCUUCGGAAGGCUUGCAGUUCCAAAAUGGACCGCCAGAGCAUUCUCCAUGUACUGGGCAUAUUGAAGAAUUCCAAAUUCCUCAAAGUCUGCCUGCCUGCUUAUGUAGUAGGGAUGAUCACUGAACCCAUCCUUGACAUUCGAAACCAGUAUCCAGAACACAUAAGCAACAUCAUCUCUCUCCUCCAGGACCUUGUAAGUGUCUUCCCUGCCAGCUCUGUGCAGGAAACUUCUAUGCUCAUUUCUCUCCUGCCAGCUUCUCUUAAUGCUUUGAGAGCCUCUGGUGUUGACAUAGACGAGGAGACAGAGAAGAACCUGGAAAAGGUGCAGACCAUCAUUGAACAUCUACAGGAAAAGAGGCGAGAGGGCACUUUGAGAGUGGAUACCUAUACCCUAGUGCAGCCUGAGGCAGAAGACCAUGUUGAGAGCUACCGGACCAUGCCCAUUUACCCUACCUACAAUGAAGUGCACUUGGAUGAGAGGCCCUUCCUUCGCCCCAACAUCAUUUCUGGAAAAUAUGACAGCACUGCUAUCUAUUUGGAUACCCACUUCCGACUCCUGCGAGAAGACUUUGUCAGACCUCUACGGGAAGGCAUUUUGGAACUUCUCCAAAGCUUUGAAGACCAGUGCCUGAGGAAGAGAAAGUUUGAUGACAUCCGAAUCUACUUUGAUACCAGGAUUAUCACCCCCUUGUGUUCAUCAUCAGGCAUUGUGUACAAGGUGCAGUUUGACACAAAACCACUAAAGUUUGUUCGCUGGCAGAAUUCCAAGCGAUUGCUGUAUGGGUCCUUGGUAUGCAUGUCCAAGGACAACUUUGAGACAUUUCUUUUUGCCACUGUGUCUAACCGGGAACAGGAAGAUCUCUGCCGAGGAAUUGUCCAGCUCUGCUUCAAUGAACAGAGCCAACAGCUGCUAACAGAGGUCCAGCCCUCUGACUCUUUCCUCAUGGUGGAAACAACCGCAUACUUUGAAGCCUACAGGCAUGUCCUGGAAGGACUCCAGGAGAUCCAAGAGGAAGACAUCCCCUUUCAGAGGAACAUUGUAGAAUGUGACUCUCAUGUGGAGGAGCCAAGGUAUUUGCUGUUAGGGGGCAGAUAUGAUUUUACCCCAUUAAUAGAGAAUCCCUCAGCCACUGGGGAAUCUCUGAGGAAUCCUGAGGGCUUGAGACAUCCCAGGAUUAAUGUCUUAGACCCUAGCCAAUGGCCCUCAAAAGAAGCCCUGAAGCUGGAUGACUCCCAGAUGGAAGCUUUGCAGUUUGCUCUCACAAGGGAACUGGCAAUUAUUCAAGGACCUCCCGGAACAGGCAAAACCUAUGUGGGUCUAAAAAUUGUUCAGGCCCUCCUAACCAAUGAGUCCGUGUGGCAAAUUAGCCUCCAGAAGUUCCCCAUCUUGGUUGUGUGUUACACGAAUCAUGCUUUGGACCAGUUUCUGGAAGGCAUCUACAAGUGUCAGAAGACCAGCAUCGUGCGGGUGGGUGGAAGGAGCAACAGCGAGGUCCUGAAGCAGUUCACCCUGAGGGAGCUGAGGAACAAGCGAGAGUUCCGCCGCAACCUCCCCAUGCACCUCCGAAGGGCCUACAUGAGUAUUGUGACACAGAUGAAGGAGUCAGAGCAAGAUCUUCAUGAAGGGGCCCGGACCCUGGAGUGCACCAUGCGCGGAGUCCUACGGGAACAGUUCCUGGAGAAGUACAUCUCCCCGCAGCAUUGGGAAAGCCUCAUGCGUGGACCUGUGCAGGAUGGUGAAUGGGUUUCCUUCCAGCGUUCGAAGCAGUCCAUGAUGUUGGAGUGGCUGGGUCUUGGUGUUGGUUCUUUCACCCAAAAUGUUUCUCCAGCAGGACCUGAGAAUACAGCCCAGGCAGAAGGGGAGGAGGAGGAAGAAGGAGAGGAGGAGGGCUCGCUGAUAGAGAUCGCAGAGGAGGCCGACUUGAUUCAAGCAGACCGGGUGAUUGAGGAGGAAGAGGUGGUGAGGCCGAGGCGUCGGAAGAAGGAAGAGAAUGGGGCAGACCAGGAGUUGGCUAAAAUGCUUCUGGCCUUGAGGCUAGACCACUAUGGCCCCGGGACAGAAGCUGGACAGGAGCAAGCUGCAGGAGAGUGGAAGAUCCAGCGCAAACAGAAAAAGAAAAUGAAGAAUAAAGUAAAGGAUGAGCUUCGUAAACUGAACGCCAUGACCAAGGCCGAGGCUGAUGAGAUCCAGGACAUCUGGCAGCUGGACCUCAAUUCUCGCUGGCAGCUUUAUAGGCUGUGGCUACAGAUGUACCAGGCCGAUACCCGCCGGAAAAUCCUCAACUAUGAACACCAGUACCGCACAUCAGCAGAGAGACUGGCUGAGCUGAGACUCCAGGAAGACCUCUACAUCCUUAAAGAUGCCCAGGUUGUAGGAAUGACAACCACAGGUGCUGCCAAAUACCGUCAGAUCUUACAGAAGGUGGAGCCUCGGAUUGUCAUAGUGGAAGAAGCUGCCGAAGUCCUUGAGGCCCACACUAUCGCCACGUUGAGCAAAGCUUGCCAGCACCUCAUUCUGAUUGGGGACCACCAGCAGCUGCGGCCCAGUGCCAACGUGUAUGAUCUGGCCAAGAACUUCAACCUUGAGGUGUCCCUUUUUGAACGGCUAGUGAAAGUGAACAUUCCCUUUGUCCGGCUGAAUUACCAGCACCGCAUGCGCCCUGAAAUUGCCCGCCUUUUGACCCCCCACAUUUACCAGGAUCUGGAGAAUCAUCCUUCAGUUCUUAAGUAUGAGAAGAUUAAGGGGGUGUCUUCCAACCUUUUCUUUGUAGAACACAACUUUGCUGAACAGGAAAUCCAAGAAGGCAAAAGCCAUCAGAACCAACACGAGGCUCGCUUUGUGGUAGAGCUAUGCAAAUAUUUCCUGUGCCAGGAAUACCUGCCUUCCCAGAUCACCAUCCUCACCACCUAUACUGGGCAGCUCUUCUGCCUGCGCAAACUCAUGCCUGCCAAGACAUUUGCUGGCGUAAAGGUCCACGUCGUGGAUAAAUACCAAGGGGAAGAGAAUGACAUCAUCCUCCUCUCACUAGUGCGGAGCAACCAGGAAGGCAAGGUGGGUUUUCUCCAGAUAUCCAACCGCAUCUGCGUGGCCUUGUCCCGAGCCAAGAAGGGGAUGUACUGCAUCGGGAACAUGCAGAUGCUGGCCAAGGUGCCCUUGUGGAGCAAGAUCAUCCAUACACUUAGAGAGAAUAAUCAAAUAGGCCACACGCUCCGGCUCUGCUGCCAGAACCACCCCGAUACCCACACCUUAGUAUCCAAAGCUUCUGAUUUCCAAAAAGUGCCUGAAGGAGGCUGCAGCCUGCCUUGUGAGUUCCGGCUGGGUUGUGGGCACGUCUGUACCCGUGCCUGCCACCCUUAUGACUCUUCACACAAGGAGUUCCAGUGCAUGAAACCAUGCCAAAAGGUCAUCUGCCAGGAGAGGCACCGGUGCCCCCUUGUUUGCUUCCAGGAGUGUCAGCCUUGUCAGGUGAAGGUGCCCAAAACCAUUCCUCAGUGUGGCCAUAAACAAAUGGUCCCUUGUUCCAUGCCUGCAUCAGAUUUCUGCUGCCAAGAGCCUUGCCCCAAGGUUCUGAGAUGUGGGCACAAAUGCAGCCACCCAUGUGGUGAGGAUUGUGUGCGGUUGUGUUCAAGAAUGGUCACCGUGAAACUCAAGUGUGGGCAUAGCCAACAGGUGAAAUGUGGUAACGUGGAGGACCUAGCAUAUGGUUUGCCAGUCAAGUGCACUACCAAAUGUGGCGCCAUCUUGGACUGCGGGCAUCCUUGCCCAGGUUCCUGCAACAGCUGCUUCGAAGGGCGCUUCCAUGAGCGCUGUCAACAACCCUGUAAGCGCCUGCUCAUCUGCUCACACAAGUGCCAGGAGCCAUGUAUUGGCGAGUGCCCGCCCUGCCAGCGGACCUGUCAGAACCGCUGCGUCCACAGCCAAUGCAAGAAGAAGUGUGGGGAGCUGUGCAGCCCCUGUGUGGAACCCUGUGUCUGGCGCUGCCAGCACUACCAGUGCACCAAACUCUGCUUUGAGCCCUGCAACCGACCCCCAUGCUAUGUGCCUUGUACUAAGCUGCUGGCUUGUGGCCACCCCUGCAUUGGUCUUUGUGGGGAGCCAUGCCCCAAGAAAUGCCGUGUCUGCCACGUGGAAGAGGUCACCCAAAUCUUCUUUGGCUCUGAGGAUGAACCUGAUGCCCGCUUUGUGCAGCUGGAAGACUGCAGCCACAUCUUUGAGGUGCAAGCCCUAGACCACUACAUGAAUGAGCAGGGUGACGAAAUUGCCAUCAAGUUGAAAGUCUGCCCUAUCUGCCAGGUGCCUAUCCGCAAAAACCUGAGGUAUGGAACCAACAUAAAACAGCGGCUGGAAGAGAUUGAAAUCAUCAAGGAAAAGAUCCAGGGCUCAGCGGGGGAAAUCACAACCAGCCAGGAACAGCUUAAGGCCCUGCUGGAGAGGAAGAGUCUCCUCCACCAGCUGCUUCCUGAAGACUUCCUAAUGCUAAAGGAGAAGCUGGCCCAGAAAAAUCUGUCAGUGAAGGACCUGGGCCUGGUUGAGAAUUAUAUCAGCUUUUAUGAUCACCUGGCCAACCUGUUGGAGUCCCUGAAAAAGGUGCAUGUCUUAGAACAAGAAAAAGUGAGGACUCGACUAGACCAGGUCCACGCAUGGCUGGCCAAGAAGCGCUUGAGCUUCAGCAGCCAGGAACUGAGUGACCUCCAAAGUGAAAUCCAGAGACUCACAUACCUGGUGAACCUCCUGACACGCUGCAAGAUGGCACAGGGGAAGGUGACAGGUAGGCUAGCAGCAGAGAUCCUUAGUAUCCGGCAUAUCCUUGAGAAAACGUGUAAGUUCACCCAAGAGGAUGAACAGCUUGUGCAGAAAAAGAUGGAAGCUCUGAAAGCCACCCUUCCCUGCUCUGGCCUGGGCAUCUCAGAGGAAGAGCGAGUGCAGAUCGUCAAGGCCAUGGGUUAUCCUCGUGGUCAUUGGUUCAAGUGUCCCAAUGGCCAUAUCUAUGUGAUUAGCGAUUGCGGGGGAGCCAUGGAGAGGGGAACGUGUCCAGACUGUAAGGAGGUGAUUGGCGGCUCACAUCAUACUCUGGAAAGAAGCAACCAGCUUGCUUCUGAGAUGGAUGGAGCCCAGCAUGCUGCCUGGUCUGAUACGGCCAACAACCUGAUGAACUUUGAGGAGAUCCGGAGGAUGAUGUAGGAAGAUGCUGCACACUGCUGCCUUUUGCCCCGGCCACCAUAUGGCUGGGCUCGGCUCCCUUAUGAAGGAACCGAAGUUUGUUUUUUAUUAUUAUCCUUUAGUAUUAGCAUCUAUUUAAGGAUCCACUUUUAGGGCUUGCCCACAUGUUUCUAGAUUUACCCCUGCGCUAGAGUAAGCACUUUACCUCCAGAACUGAGAGCAAAGUUAACAGAUCUCACCUUUUUCUCUUCUGCAAGUUAGUGGACAGACUCCCUGAAACAUGUUUGGGGUUUCCACCUGGGGCCACCUAGUGCUAUCUCUGGGUGCUUACUUAGUCAGAUAUUCUACGGUGUCCCCCAGGCACAGAGUGUAAGCUUGGUGAAGCUGAUUGAUUCUAAUCGCCAGGCCUUAACUUGCAGGCUAACUCUCAUUCUAACAGCGGCCCAGAGGAGUUGUUCAUGAACUGCUUAUCCCUUCAAGGAGCACAAAAAUCCCUCCUGCCCUCCUCAGGCACCCUCCCUCCAGGAGGCAUGUAAUAAGACAAAGACUUUACCAACUCGCCCUGACCCAGUUACAUACUCACUGAGAGGGGAAAGUGGGUCUGCCCACAUCUGGGAGCUUAUGCAGCAGGCCCAGGCUAACUAAGGAGUGACCCCUGUACCCUUUCCUGUGACUUGCACUUUGGGAUGGUGGAGGUUUCUUUACCCGCCAUAGGAGAGGUUCCGAUAGUAGUGCUGGUCCCCCUGGGCCCUGAAUGGAGUUGAACUCGCAUUCAGUACCAGCAGCACCUAUCCCAAGUGUGAUCCUCCAUCCCAACACCCUCGCGCGGCUUUCGCCUGGGCAGGUUUAGCAUGCCAGCAGCUUCUGCAGGCCCCAGACCCAAGCCAGAAGCCAGCUCCAGGCCUGCGCCUGCGUACGCGUUUCCUCGGUCCAGUGUUCCUUAGAACAGACACUUUAGGUAUCUCAGGUCCUUUCUAAUGUUGGCAAGAAAAAAGUCCCUUUCCUAUGUAUGCCAUUUUUCCUUUUUUGUCUUUACUAUGCACUUUAGCCUAUA